CUCGGGAGAAUUUGUGAAUAACUCGGGAAAGUGGGACAGGCCCUUUAGCUUAUGAGAGGUUUGUUCAAUAAUGUGACAACAGCGGGGAAGAGGUUUUGUCAAUAACAAUUCCUCAAACAGCAUCACUAUUUGAUAUCUCAUUACAGUCUGUUAGAAAUUGCUUUGUGCAAAUGUUAUUAAGAAAAAAUGGCAACACUACAAAAUCCUUCACACGUAAGACCUUCUGAGGUUUUGAAUGAUGCAGUAAGGUGAUGUUUACAUCUAAAAUACAUUUGGACAGAUACAUGGGUUAGAAAGAUUUAAAUGGAUAUGGGACAAAGGUAGGCAGGUGAGACUAGUGUAGAUGGGGCAUAUUGAUCAGCAUGGACAAGUUGGGCGAAAGGGGCUGUGUCUGUCCUGUAUGACUCUAUGACAGUAUCUCUGGCCAUCCAACAAUAAUAAACCUUUAGCCAUACCAAUUGCUCCACUCUGGGAUAAAAUACCACGGAUAGAUCGAUCAGGCACUUUGCUCAAAGAGGUUUGACCUUACUUUGGCAUCUCAUUCAUGUCCAGAUAGUGUUACAUCAGAAUUUAAAACAAUGUUUAAGGUCAUGUUGGUAUUUACAAUGGAAAAUUAUCUACAGUAUUACAAUUUUGGAGUGUAAAUGUUUAAUUGGGUGAAAGGGCACUUUUAUCAUAUUCACAGUAGUUAUGUCAGAGGCACUAUGGGAUUAAAAUUCACUCUUUCAUGGGGAAACCUGCCCAGUAUUUGUAGCAACAUUUCUGCAGAUGUGCAGAAGUUCAGGCAGGAUCAUCUGAAAAGACAAAUACAGAAUAGCAUUAAUGUGUUGCACAGCUGAUGGAUACACUCGGAGGCACUGUCCAAGAUGUCCCACGUAAUGAACCUUUGCUUUUCUCCAUGUUUUGCAAAAUUUAAAUGUGGUUCAUGAAAGUGGCUCAUGGUAAUCAGAGAUGGGCAAUCAAUGCCAGCCCUACCCAGGUCCUAAUCCCUAAAAAUGCACAAUUACAACACAAAGCACUGUACAGCUGAAUUGCUACACAUUUAUUAUGUGGGUGAAGAAUAGGCUUGACUACAAUCAAACGAUGAGAAAGACCCCGUUUAGUAAAUAAGUCCACCAUGUGGUAACCAUCUGGGUUUGUUGCUAAAGCAUUCUUCAUUCUUUGUAGUUGCUUGGGGAGAUAUACUGUAUGAUACCUAGGUUUAGAACAGAAAGUAGACGUGACCAAGAAACGUGCAUUGAGGAAAUGCUAAAGGGAAAUGCUUGGUCUUUGUCUGUUUCAGGUUUGGAGCAGUAUGCACCAUACAUCAACAUUAUCAUGCCAUGCCUGUUUGGGAUCAUCGUUUUUUUGGGCAUUAUAGGCAACUCCAUCGUAAUCUACACCAUUGUAAGGAAGACCAAGUUCAAGUACAAGCACACCGUGCCUGACAUAUUUAUCUUCAACCUGUCCUUGGCUGAUUUGUUAUUUCUGCUAGGAAUGCCUUUCCUUAUUCAUCAGCUUGUUGGGAAUGGUACCUGGCAUUUUGGAGCUAUUAUGUGCACCAUCAUAACUAGCUUAGACAGCAACAGCCAAGUCACCAGCAUAUAUAUAUUGACAGCAAUGACCUUUGAUCGCUACCUGGCCACCGUUCACCCUCUGAAAUCAGCCUACAUGCGCACACCGUCCAUCGCUACAUUGGUGAUCUGCCUCGUUUGGCUAGCGUCUUUCUUAACCAUCAUCCCCGUGUGGCUGUACAGUGGAUUAAUGUCACGACCAGAUGGCACGGCCGGUUGUGCCUUACCUUUGCCUAACCCAGCCACUGAUAUUUAUUGGUUUACACUUUACCAAUUCAUGUUAACUUUUGCCAUCCCUCUGGUUAUCAUCUGCAUUAUUUACUUCAAGAUCCUUCAACGCAUGUCCACAGCUGUGGUCCCACUGCCAAAUGGAAGCAGAAGGACAAGGAACAAGAAAGUGACCUGGAUGGCUGUGGCCAUCUGUACAACCUUCUUCGUAUGUUGGGGACCUUUCUACAUCCUUCAGCUGGUUCAUCUAAGGAUCGAGAAGCCAAGCGUCACUUUCUUCUCUGUGUACAACUUUGCCAUCAGCCUGGGCUACGCUAACAGCUGCAUCAACCCUUUCUUAUACCUUGCCUUGAGUGAGACCUUCAGGCGGCGCUUUUUGGUGGCGAUCCCACCUGCUCACCAGCAUUUCCGGGUGAAUAACGGUGAGGCAGAGGGAAGCAUGACUAUCAAGCUGUCUGGCGAACGCUCUCAACGGACCCACUUCGCAGGGGACUUUUCACCAAACACUUUGCCCGUAAAGUUCAAAGUUCAAUGAAGGUCUGCGUAAACACCAUGGCCAAUUUUUAAGGAUCUUUUAAGGAUUUCUUAUCUUUGUUUGUUCCACCAAAGUCAUAGUCUUCACUUGCAGCUCUGCAUCCUUGCUAUCAAUAAAUGAGGAAAUCUCUAAUAGGCAAAAGACAAUAGCAACAUUGUGAGAAAUGCUCUCACCCCAUCACUCUAGAAACAGGCUGCUCCUCCCACUUGUG